ACUGGACCCUUGAACAUGGGGAGACUGCGCCUGGCCUGAGAUCACCUUCUAGCCCUUCCUUGAGCUCCAGUCAGGACACAGAGACCCCCUUGGACCCACUCCUGCCACAGGCUGGGGUCCCAAAGAUGGCUCGUGGCCUCCUCAGGAGCCCUCCUCUUCUUCCUUCUUCCACAGCUGUCUUGGCCUCUCUCUGCAUCCUCAGCCUUCUCUGACCACAUGGAGCCCCCAGGUGAGCCCAGGAAGGACUGGGAGGCUGAGGGAGGGGCGUGGCUCCCAGGGGAUCCCAGGCUGGCACCCUCCUGCCCUUCCACCUGGACCUCACCAGCUCUGUCCCCUCCAGUGGUCCCCAUGGGUGCUUAUCUGAUGCUGUGCCAGCCACAGGCAAGAUGUGGGGACACGUUCUAUGACCCCCUCCAGCACUGUUACUAUGACAAUGCCGUCUUGCCCUUGGAUGGGACCCAGAGGUGUGGAAACUGCACCUUCAGAGUCUGCUUCGAGAAGUGCUGCCCCUGGUCCCUCAGUCCCCAGGCGGCCCUCAUGGUGAAGAUGAAAGGCCAGAAGUGCUCCUUGACCCCGACCUCAGAUGACAGGUUUUGUCACAGGUUGACAUCAUCCAGUCUUUGGUCACCAAAGCCCCUUUGCAGGGAGAGAGAGAUCAGCCCCUUCAAUUCUGAUAACUCUGCUUGGGGAAAGUGAGUGACACAGCUUCCUCAGCCAGCAAAGAGAGAUGUCCAGGCUGGAGAGCUUCCGUCCCUCCUCUACACAUGUGCGAUGCCACCCCAUUCCUGCCUAUCCCCUGGGAGGGACUCCUUGAGGCCAGAUGGAACUAACACCACAAAGAUGCCAGGUAGAAGAGUCGUUGUAUUUAUUCUGGGACAAAAGGGCAAGUGAAGAGAGAGCCUUUGAGAGCGGGAAAUGUCAAGGCCCCCGGGGUUUCACAUUCCAGGAGCCCAGCUCUGCCAGCCCCACCGAGGAACCCCGGGAAUGUCAGAUUUUGGGUCUCAUCGAGGGAUAUCUGUGACCAAGGCCUGCCUCCCCUUCCCAGAGGGGCUGGGCCAGCGGAGGCGGGGUGGGGCAGCAGUUGGAGGCACGUGGACUGGAGUUCAGGAAACCCAGGCUCUGGUCCAGCCUGUGUCUGUGACCAGCAGUUGGUCCUCGGACCAUGUCCUGCUUGGAUGGAUUAGAAAGUGGGAUGGGAGAAUUAAAUGUCUGUCUGAGGUCAGGAUCUUGCACUUACUCACCAGAAAAACAGAACCUCCUUUCGCUAUGGGUAGAGUUCAAGUUCCAAACCCUGAGGAUCAGUUCCACCAAGACAGAGCUGGGCUCCAGUGCCAAAGACCUGUCCCCAGACAGUGGAUGGGAUAGAGUGGGGGACUCCAUGGGGCUAGUGGAGGGAUUGGACAGCGCUGUAUGCAAAGGCUUUUUUGACAGCUGGAGAAGGAGCAGGGACAGGAGCACUGGACUGGCCCUGACCGCCCUCCCCGUUUCCCAGCCUCUGAGAGCCCCCUGUGCUGUCAUGAUCUCCCUCCACUGUCUCACCCCGGGCCUGACUCAGCCACCCUGAGAGACCAGGCUCAGGCCAAGGAGGGUUGGCCAGACUCCUCCCUCCUCGGGACCCAACCCUAAUCCUGACCCAAGAAACCUGCUUUCUCCCACCAGUGUCUAGGCCUCCACCUGCC